UAAGUUGCUAAAGAAACGACAUUCGUAAGGAAGUAGAACCAGAUAACAUCAGUGCAUAAAUAUCGAGCAGUCCAUCACCAAGUGUUUCCGGACAAGUCCGUUGGUUUCAAGUCAAGAAGUUGGCGAUGAUGGUCUACCAAAGGACUACAAGUUGAGAACGUUGAAAGCUGGAAGUCGACGUCUUGACACGUUUGUCAACCGAGCCAGUGGAAUGAGUAGCUCGUUAGUUAUUUGUAAACUGUUUUUUAGUUAUUGUCGCAAUCUUAACCUUUUUAUUUACUGCCCAUUCUUUUUAACUAACAAAGUACGCAUCAUUUUUUUUCAGGUUGUUAAUUAUGAUGUGACAGAAACCGGCUAUGACAUUCAAAUAAAGUCAUGGAAGAAGUUUUUUGUUGAGAACUGGAGAGGAUCGUAG